AUGGAGGAUGAUUGCCCGCAGGGUGGUGAUGAUACGAGGUUGUCAGUGCUUCGCGCACUCGGUACGCACAAUUGUCGGACAGUGCCCUGCGUACUGUGCGAGCGCAGUUUGGUGGUCUAUGACAGGUAUCCGCUUAUCGAUGGAACUUUCUUCCUGUCACCGGUGCAGCACUGCAAAGCUGCGGUGAGCAUGAAAUUCGAAUCAAAGGUUGGCUAUUUGCAUGCAAUAUGUAUCACGUGUAUGCAUGCCGAAUGGAAGUGUGCCGGUUGCGGUAGCAGUGGAUGGUUCCUUGGCUCGGCGUUGAUCGUCGGAACCCUGUACACAUACGAUAUCCUCUCCAGUACCACAUGCUGUAUCCCGGUUUGUAGGCAUUGCUGUAGAACCUCACUUUUGUAUGGUGCACAAAAAACUUGA